CAAACACCACCUUAUCUCCCACUGCUGCUCCUUAGCUCCCCCCUUCAAUUUCUGUUCCACAAAGGGUAAAGAAUGGCAGCAGAAAUGGCUCUUGUAAAACCCAUUACAAAGUUCAGCAGCUCCACCCCAAGAAUAGGAACCUCAAGAGUCCCAUCAACAAGAUUCUUCACCAUCAAAAUGUCAUCAUCUACUGUGGCCAAGAAGAAGAGUCAGAAGCAAGAAAUAAAGGAGACACUUUUGACCCCAAGAUUCUACACCACAGACUUUGAUGAAAUGGAGCAGCUUUUCAACACUCAGAUCAACAAGAAUCUGAACAUGGAUGAGUUUGAGGCCCUGCUGCAGGAGUUCAAGACUGAUUUCAACCAGACCCACUUUGUGAGGAACAAGGAGUUCAAGGAAGCUGCUGACAAGAUUGAAGGGCCCUUGAGGCAAAUCUUUGUGGAGUUCUUGGAGAGGUCUUGCACUGCUGAAUUCUCUGGUUUCCUUCUCUACAAGGAGCUGGGAAGGAGGCUGAAGAAAACAAACCCUGUGGUAGCUGAGAUUUUCUCCCUCAUGUCUAGGGACGAAGCUCGCCACGCUGGGUUCUUGAACAAAGGCUUAUCUGACUUCAACUUGGCUCUGGACUUGGGAUUUCUAACAAAGGCGAGAAAAUACACUUUCUUCAAGCCUAAGUUCAUUUUCUAUGCAACUUAUUUGUCCGAGAAGAUUGGGUACUGGAGAUACAUCACGAUAUACAGGCAUCUCAAGGAAAACCCUGAGUACCAAUGCUAUCCGAUUUUCAAGUACUUUGAGAACUGGUGCCAGGAUGAGAACAGACACGGUGAUUUCUUCUCUGCGUUGAUGAAGGCACAGCCGCAGUUCCUCAAUGACUGGAAGGCGAAGUUGUGGGCACGUUUCUUCUGUCUCUCGGUUUAUGUGACGAUGUACCUUAAUGACUGUCAAAGAACUGCUUUCUAUGAGGGCAUUGGACUUGACACAAAGGAAUUCGACAUGCAUGUCAUCAUUGAGACAAACCGCACGACUGCAAGAAUUUUCCCAGCCGUACUGGAUGUUGAGAACCCAGAAUUCAAGAGGAAGUUGGACAGGAUGGUGGAGAUCAAUGAGCAGCUGCUUGCAGUCGGAGAGUCGGACGACAUUCCCUUGGUGAAGAACUUGAAGAGGAUUCCCCUUAUCGCCAGCCUGGCUUCUGAGCUACUGGCUGCAUACCUCAUGAAACCCAUUGAAUCUGGUUCAAUGGACUUCGCUGAGUUUGAACCUCAAGUAGUUUACUAGUUCUUUCGUGAUAGUAACCCCCCACUCGUUGCCGUCCUAUAGAGCAUGCAGCUUUUUGUUGUAUAAAAGUCAUUGUACGAGGUAGAGCAGCAACUAUUGUAUGAUUCUUGCUACUGAUACAGUUUCCAAAUAUUGCUGGAAUGGUUUCGUUUGUUAAAGAUAUGUUAAGACAAUAUAAAGAGUAAAUAGCAACA